AUGUUAUCUAAUGGAACACCUAGUGAAUUAGAAAAGAAUUAUCUGGAGAACACAGGAUUAUUUCAAGAAUUAUCUACAGAAUUUACUAGUGAUUAUUGUUCAAUAUUUUUUGAUCUGAUGAAGCAGAAUAUAAUUAUGAAAAAAGUAGCAAGUUUUAAAAAGGGUGUCGAGGACUCAACUAAGGAAGAAGAAAGAUGUGAUGAAAGGUUUAUUUGGUUAUUUUCUAUGUUGGGAUGUCAGAAAGAUGAUAUUAUGACAGGUUCAUUUGGUUAUCAUUUACAUAGGCAAAAAGAUGUUAUGAUG